AUGGACCAGAAACAGAGGAAAAAGUCUUAGGAAGAGAUUUUACAAAUACCACAAAGGAAAACGCAACGCGUAGCUGGAAUUCAGUAAUCCUUGGGUGCAAAUCAGAUUUAUGAGACUUAUGUCGAAUGUCAUAAAUAGCAACAAAGAUCAGAUAUUGUUUUUAUUGUUAUGUGUUUGAAACUCCAUUUUGUAUUCAGUUUUUUGAACGACGCUUAAUUGUAUUAGAAUUUAUUAAAUGAAGGAAUCAUUUAGCCAGUUAGAUGUUUUAUUGCAAAUUAUCAAAAGGACAAUCUAUCAUCAAAUAAGGAGAUGGUGCCAAUGCAUUCUUCAUAUUAGGUAAUAAAUAGUAUUUGAAAUAUAGAAAAGGGUAAAAUAUAAGUAACAAUAAAUGGGGAUGCUAAGAAGUAAUUGAUAUCAGGAAAUGGUUUGGGCGAGCUAGCUUUAUUAUAUGAUGCACCCAGGUAAUUAAUUAUUUCGAUCAAUAGGAGUGCCACUUGCACUGCUCUUGAGGAAUGCUAUUUAUGGGGAAUUGAUAGAACAACUUUUCGUAAGACAGUUGAACAGAUUAUGAAAAGUGAAUAUGAGAGAAAUAGAAAAUAUUUGGAAAAUGCAACGUUUUUUAGUAAUUUUAAUAAAUAAUACAAAGAUCAUUUGACUAAAGAAUAGAAGGAUGCUAUUGGAGGUGUACUGAUUUCUUAGAAGUUCUAGAUAAAUUAAAUUAUAGUAAAUAAGGGCGAUUAGGCUGAUUCACUUUUUAUCAUAGCUGAGGUAAGGAUUUUGAUACAAAUAAGGGCAAAGUCGGCGUGUAUACAGACGAUGGGCUAUUAAUUAGAAUGUUAUCAAAAGGGGAAUAUUUCGGAGAAAAUGCUUUAUUGCAGGAUAAUUGUGUAAGGGGAUUAACAGUAAAAGCAAUAGAGGAAUCAAGACUUUUGGCUUUGGCCAGAGAAACAUUAACUAAAAUAUUGGGUGAUGGAGUGCAGAUGAUAAUUUAUAAGAAUUAAUGCAAAUGGAUACUGUAGUAGUCGAAAAUUAAUUUAAUAAUUUAAAUAGAUUAAUUUUUGGAUUUAUUAACAGUUAGAAGGUUAAAAAAAGGAGAUAUUAUAAUCAACAAAGGUUAAUAACAUGGAGAAUUGAUAAUUGUGAUAGAUGGAAAAGUCAGUGAUGUAAUGAUAUGAAUAGAUCAAUAGUCUAAUUAAAAUACGGUUUGCGAGAAGGGCAGAAUAUUAUUGGAUAAAACUGUAGAGUCAAAUGGAAAUCAUGAUUAAGAUUAUUUAAUGUAGGAAGAUGGUAUAAUAGCAGCCAUUGAUUAUAACAUUGUUAAAAAGCAAUUUGGUGAAUAAGUAAAAAUAAAUUAUAAAAAAUAGUAAUAAAUUUUAGAAAUUUAUGCAUAGGAAGCUCAUAAUAAAGUGAAUAAAGUAAAGGAUUAUUAAUUAGAGGAUUUGAGUUACUUAAAAACAUUAGGAUGUGGAUAAUUUGGAAUGGUGUAUUUGUGUUAAUUUAAGAAUGAAAUACCAUUAUUUGCAUUAAAAAUAAUGACAAGAGCUAAUAUCAAGUAGUUUGGAAUAGCAAAACAUGUUGCAAAUGAGAGAAGAGUGCAAUCUAUUUUGGAUCACCCUUUCAUUAUGCAUUUCUAUAGAUCGUUCAAAGAUGAAAACAACAUUUACUUGCUGAAUGAAUAUAUUCCUGGAAUUGAAUUAUUUGAUGCUAUUAGAGACAUAGGUUUAUUAAAUAAAAACGAUUCAUAGUUUUAUAUUUCAUAGAUGAUAUUGCAAACAGAAUAUUUACAUACAGUUCAUUAAGUUAUGUAUAGAGAUUACAAACCUGAAAAUCUGAUUGUUGAUGAUACAGGUUAUUUGAAAUUAAUUGACUUUGGAACUGCUAAAUUAAAUCAACCAGGAUAGAAAACAUUCACUAUAAUUGGAACUCCACAUUAUAUGGCACCAGAAGUUAUUAGUGGAAAAGGGUAUAAUUAGAUGGUUGAUUUAUGGAGUGUGGGAAUUAUACUCUAUGAAUUCGUUUGUGGAGGAUUGCCUUUUGGAGAAGAUGCAGAAGAUCCUUUUGAGAUUUAUAAGGAAAUUACCAAGAAGCCUUUAUCCUAUCCUUCCUAUAUGUCCGAUAAGACUGUCAAGAUUUUCAUUGAAUAAUUACUCAGUCGAAUACCAGAACUUCGUUUGGGAGGAUCAUAUUAGACUUUGAAGUAACAUGCAUGGUUUAAGGAUUUUCAAUGGGAUGUAUUGAUUGCUAAGAAACUCAAACCAGCUUAUAAACCAGCAACUAAUAAGAUAGUAACGAAUGGAUAAGCUUAAGUGAUGAAAAAGAUACCAAUAUUAGAAUAAAUGCUUAAAGAUGUGUAAUACUUCAAAAAAACAUAACCCAAUCCCAAAGAUAGUGAAUGGGAUUAUGAAUUUUGA